GGCAGCGGCGGGGCCGGAGGCGACGUGUCCGUAACGGAGCGGGCCUGAGACCAUGGAGCUAGAGGCAAUGAGCAGAUACACCAGCCCGGUGAACCCCGCUGUGUUCCCGCACCUCACCGUGGUGCUGCUGGCCAUUGGCAUGUUCUUCACCGCCUGGUUCUUCGUCUAUGAGGUGACUUCUACCAAGUACACACGGGACAUCUACAAGGAGCUGCUGAUCUCCCUGGUGGCCUCGCUCUUCAUGGGCUUUGGGGUUCUCUUCCUGCUGUUGUGGGUCGGUAUCUACGUCUGAGGCACAGACAGCAGAGCACUGGGACCACCUUGUGAACCCCUGCAGCUGUGGGAUGCCCUACAGAAGCUCCUUUUAUAUUUCUUUUCUACUUCAACACCACAUCCCAUAGCAGACAUGGGCUGUGCUCCUUCGGGUGACUUCUACCAACCCAGCAAACCAACCCUGAAUAAAACUGGCUCUGUGAUGCCUCUGCCUUUGCA